GAACGGCGCAGCGCGUCAUCAACCAACACUGCUCACCUGCUGGUUGGGACGACAAUCCGGGAAACGGCGCACGGCGGCGGUCCGGUUCGAGGUUGAACUUUUGAGGAGCACACAAAAAUGAGGUGGAGCACAAGCAAGAGCGUGGUCGGCUCCCUUGAGGGAGCGGAUGUUGUGACGGUGCUGGUGGGAGAAGAACAGCGCGAGUUCACGAUUCACAGAAAGCUGCUCAGUGACAGCUGCGCCUUCUUCAAGGGCCAUAUCGACGCAAUCCCCUCUCCGUCUCGGCAGCGGAAGGAGGAUGGCGAGGAAGAGGAUUCGGUCCUCUGGCUCCCCAACGAGGCCCCCGACAUGUUCGAGAUCUUUGUGCUCUGGCUCUACCAGCGGCGCCGAUUCCCGACCUUCAUCGACGGCGCCACCCAGGGCAUGUGCCAGGACAAGCUGCGCACCCUGCGCACCAACCUCGUCCGCCUCCACCUCUUCGCCGCCAUCAUCGACCUCCCCGCCCUCCAGGACGCCGCCAUGGACGCCAUCCAGGACAUGUACCUGCGCUUCGACUGGGACAUGUCACCGCACUUCCUCGCCUUCCUCUACGGCGAGUGCGACGCCCAGCACGCCGUGCGCCUGCGCAAGUGGGCCGUCGCCAUGCUGGCCUGGUCGCUGCACAGCGUCGACAAGCCCCAAGCCCGCCACGACGCCGACAAGCUCUUCGUCGCCUACCCGGAGCUCAAGGCCGACUACCACAUGCACCUGCAGAAGAUGGCCCAGAGCAGGGCCGACGUGCGCAUCAAGAACCCGCAGCUGCGCCUGCCCGCCAACGGCCUGCGCAGCGGCGAGAGGCUGUUUGGUUUCCGCCAGUGCACCUUCCACAGCCAUCGCGCCGCCGUCGGCGAGGGCACCUGUCCGCACGCGCUGGCGCUCGGCCAAACGCCCACCCCGCCGCCAGUGCCCGGUCCGGAUAAGGAGGAAGUCGAGUCGGACAAGGAGGAGGCCGAAAUCAUCUCUCCGGUCGGGAAUCUGAACGAGGUUUCGUAUCUCGAUCUGUCAUGACGGAAUGUUUUUUUUUUAAUAAAAAUAACCGGACAUAUCGCUGCUCGGGCCGUGAGCAAGGAUCUCUCUCGAGACGCACAUACGCAACCAGUUCUCCUACGUGAGCGGAAUACUUUUACAACCUAAUUAGAAGACAGGGCUACGGAGCCGGCUAUGGGGGCGGCGGCUGGUUUAUCAAUCGAUGCAUCAAAGGUUGGCGGGCAAUUGCGGUUUGAGGUUCGGUCAGAGGUUUUUUUUUUUUUUUUUCAUGC